AUGAUCGUGGGGGGCACAGGAGGUCGGAUGAGCUGUAGAGGAAAGAAGAGGAGUCGAGAGGGAGAAAGCAGUGGCGCCGAGGUCAUGCAGGUCAUCGAACACUCUCCAGUGGCCAUCACUUUCUCUCCAGAGGAUGCUCAAGGUGUUCAAAUGCCCCAUGACGACGCCCUUGUCAUUCAAGCUGUCAUCCACAACUAUCGGGUGAAGAAAAUCCUAGUGGAUGAUGGGAGUAAGGUCAACCUGCUACCCUACCGGGUCUUCCAGCAGAUGGGAAUCCCUAAAGAACAGUUGGUCCGGGAUCAGGCACCGAUCAAAGGAAUCAGAGGAGUCCCAGUACCUGUAGAAGGGAAGGUGAAGCUGGCUCUCACCCUAGGAGAAGCACCUAGGACUCGCACUCAUUAUGCGGUGUUCCUGGUAGUCAAACUUCCUCUGAGCUACAACGCGAUCCUGGGAAGACCUGCGCUGUUUGACUUUGAGGCCGCCACCAGUAUCAGAUACCUGGCAAUAAAGUUCCCAACAGAAGCAGGGGUGGGAAUAGUUCGGGGAAGCCAGGAGGAAGCAAGGGCAGUGUACCUAGCCAUGGUAGCAGAGCUGAGCUCAACAGAGGAGAGGCUGGAUACAGAAGUCCUGGAGGUCCGAGAUGAGAAAACAGAGGCCAGGAUAGAACCGGUCAGAUGA